UUCGACAUUCGGUCAAAUAUCUGACGUGACACUCAAAUUUUUUUUUCGCGAACUGAACACACCCUAAACUGAGCCUUUAUCCUGCUAAGCUCUCCCGGGUUGGAGUCUUCUUCCAUUUGCUUUCGAGUCGUCUUCAACCCCUCCACCCCCGACCUGUUCCAGCCGCAUACACGCCGGUGUGCCCAUUUUGUCAACGCGCAGUCUCCCUGACUUUCUCUCCUCCCCGGCGCUGCGCUUCGCCGUGGAGUGCCGUGAGCCCGUGAUGCCACGCGACGCGCCCCCCAGCCGACGCCGACGGCGACAUCUCUGAAACAUUUCUCCUCGACCACGGCAACCCAAAACCCCACCCCACCCACCAAUCCCCAACCCAACCAAACACCACCACCGCCGCCGCGCCCGCGCCAGCAGCAGCAGCAAGUAGAGCCACGGCGGGGGAGGCAGGGGGGCAGCAGGGCAUGAAGCCCCGCGAGCUCCUGGAGCGCAUCGCACGGCCGUUCAGCUCGUCGUCCUCCCGCCGCGGCGGGGGCGCGGAGCGGCGGCGGCGGGAGGAGGAGGAGGCGGACCUGGAGGCGAUCGCGGCGAGGGAGCAGCGCGCGUUCCGGUACGAGGCCCUGAGCGCCGCGACGCGGGGGUUCUCCGAGCGGCAGAAGCUCGGGCAGGGCGGGUUCGGCCCCGUCUACCGCGGCCGCCUCGCCGACGGCCGGGAGGUCGCCGUCAAGCGCCUCGGCGCCGGGUCCCGCCAGGGCGCCCGCGAGUUCCGCAACGAGGCCACCCUCCUCUCCCGCGUCCAGCACCGCAACGUCGUCAACCUCAUCGGCUACUGCGCCCACGGCCCCGACGACAAGCUCCUCGUCUACGAGUACGUCCCCAACGAGAGCCUCGACAAGAUCCUCUUCUCCUCCCCUCCGCCGCCGCCCCGAAACUUCCACUCGGGCAGCAGCAGCGACGGCGAGAGGCGGCGGCGGCGGGAGGAGCUGACGUGGGCGCGGCGGCACGAGGUGGUGGUGGGCGUGGCGCGCGGGCUGCUGUACCUGCACGAGGACGCGCACACGCCCAUCAUCCACCGCGACAUCAAGGCCAGCAACAUCCUCCUCGACGACCGCUGGGUCCCCAAGAUCGCCGACUUCGGCAUGGCCCGCCUCUUCCCGGAGGCCGGCGACGGCCGCUCCCACGUCCAGACCCGCGUCGCCGGCACCAACGGCUACAUGGCCCCCGAGUACCUCAUGCACGGCGCCCUCUCCGCCAAGGCCGACGUCUUCAGCUUCGGCGUCGUCGUCCUCGAGAUCGUCUCCGGCCACAAGAACUCCUCCUUCGUCCCUCCCCCCGACUCCGACGCCGACAACCUCCUCGAUCACGCGUGGAGGCUGUACAAGAAGGGGAGGAGCAUCGAGCUGCUCGACCCGGCGGUGAAGUCGGCGGCGGCGACGGAGCAGGUGGAGCUGCUGGUGCGGAUCGGGCUGCUGUGCGUGCAGGCCGACCCGCGGAUGAGGCCGGACAUGAAGCGGGUGGUGAUCAUCCUGUCCAAGAAGCAGAGCACGCUGGAGGAGCCGACGCGGCCGGGCGUCCCCGGGUCGCGGUACCGGCGGAGGUCGUACGGCACGCGCGGCGGCGGCGGCGGCUCCCACUUCUCCGUCGGGUCCACGUCCGGGACCAGCUCGCCGUCGACGUCCACCACCGCGUCGCACGCCACCACGUCGGCCGCGUCCAACGCCAUGACGACGACGACGUCGAGCACCCACACCAUGCGGAGCCAGGGGCUCCCCUUGCACCGGGAAGAGAGAGGAGUGGAAUUGAAGAAAGAUGAUGAAAGCGGCUGAACUGUACAUUUGUCCAUUGUUUUUUCUUUUUUGUUCGCUCUCUCUCUUGAUUUCUUUUUCUUCUGGUGAUUGUUCGAAGAUUUUAGAGUAGAUAGAUCAUAGAUGGCAAUAUUAUUUUUAUUUUUUUGCUACUUGAUAGUGCUGUAGUUCAUAGAAUCGAUUGGAUUAUUGUAGGAUGCUGAAGCGAAAACGAUGAUCGUUGUGUGCAUAGAGAAUUAAUGCGAGAUAGAAUGUUAAAGGAAAAAGAAAAGACAAUCGUUCUUGCAUUUACAUUUUUGUGAACUUCAGGAAAAUUUGAAAAAAAAAAUCUACAAUGAAUAAGUUCAGAAUUUA